AUGUCCAAGACAACGCCCUCGGCUAGUUAUCUACUCGAAGAGGAUCAAGAUGAACUUCGUGCCUAUGCCCUCCAUCGACUUGAGGAAUUCACUGCGACCCUAAACACAACGCAAAAGAUCGAUGUGAUAUUCAAUGCUGCCAAAUUGGCUGUUAAGGAUGACAAGGAGAAACACAUCAUUGAAUGGUUACAUGCUUGCAUUCUUCGUUCUGUCACGGACUCCACAUCUUCCAUGGUUACACAAGGUACCUAUGGUGCCAUUGUUGACAAAAAAGCUCCCGCUGCGUCUAAGCCGAGAGGGAUGAAACCACCUUCCCACCAAGCUAAGCCUAAAAAAUUUCCUGGGAUUGUGGUGUCUCCUUAUGAAGAUGAUGAUAUGGAGUCAACUGUGGAGCAGGCAUUGACCAUUGCACAACAACAGAAGAAGCAACAACGGCAGAACGGUAGUGGAAUUUCGGAAGGAGAAUCCGAUAUCAGUGCAUCAGCAGCAGCUACAGCAUCGGGCAAGAAUAAUGCAUCAUCCAAGAAAAAGAGAAAGAACAAGCAAAAGCGUGGCAAGAAAGGCAAUGGAGACAACAAUACCUUGACUGUGAAAUCCAAUGAAGGAGGAUUGACAGCACCCACAUCAUGGUACAGUGGGUACGACUCGGCUACAACAGAUGGUAGCGUGACAGACGGCGGGGAAUCGGAUGUGUCAAGAAAUUCCACGUCAAGAUCACGUCGUAACCUGGGUAAAAAGAUCAGAAAAGGAUCACUUCAACCAGGUGCUGGUUAUGAUGCCAUUGUUGAAAAGAUGACCGGAUCGACUCAAGAUGUCAUGUUUGUCAAGCCAUUCUUCUUUCCAGACCACGAUGGCAAGAGCUUUGAUGCAUUCAUUAGCGUGAUUUAUGCGGCAAGGGAAAGAUUAUACGUUUGCGUAUAUGAUUUCACCGAUGAUGAUGUGGCCACUGCUUUGAUCAAGGCCAAGCAACGAAAUGUGAAUGUGCGUAUCAUUUCAGAUGAUGAAAAGGUUGAAGGCCAACAUGCCGAUGUCAAGCGUUUGCAUAAAGAUCAUGGCAUCCCUUAUAGGACCGAUAACCACGUUCAACAUUUCAUGCACAACAAGUUUGCAAUCAUCGAUGGCAAGAUCUUGAUUACAGGAAGCUAUAACUGGUCCAAGCAUGCUCGCUAUGAAAACCAGGAAAACAUCAUCAUUACCAAUGUACCCAACUGUGUUCAGGCUUUUGAACAGGAAUUUGAAUGCUUAUGGAAGCAAUUUGAUGAAUCAACAGCGUCGCCAGAGAAAGAGAAAAAGAAGAAGACCCUGAAGAAUGGAAAUGGGCAACAAAAGAGCUCACACGACAAUGACGAUCAAGCUUAA